CGGCCGGGCAGUCACGCUUUCAAAACCACUGCCUCACCUCUCGGCUUUACGCAGCUGCGCCCACGUUUCGUUUCCUGGACUGUCUUGCGCGGGUGGGUGGACGACACCAAAAGUUGCGGCGUUAAAUUUCUCUUGUGGACCGUAAUGUUCCUCUGUGUGCCGUACUUCCCUUAUUAGACUAACGCAGUGGCGGAUUUGACGCUAGGAAGCAACAGAGCCAUUGGACUUGUUGAGCCCAUACAAGAGUGUCUCUCAACAGCUCUGUGAUCAGAGAGUGAGUUCGUACCGGCGUAGGGGCGAAGCCGCAUCUUAAGGAAUCAGGAUGUCUUCUUUGACACGAAACAUCGUACCUAUGUUUUAAAAAUAAAUAGCCGUUUCAGUGCGUUCGGUUCUAGUGCACUCUCCAAUUGCAAAUAUGUCUCGAGUUCGUGCAUCUUAAAACAUAGCUGGAUUCGUAACUAAUUCGGCAGAAAGCUGUAGGUUUUUACUUCUAGUUGGCGCAACAUUAGUGUAUUUACAUAGUUUUUCUGAUGUUAUUAUCGGACACAGGCGCCGCCCAAAUUUGCCAAGUUGUGUGUCACCUAGACCCGAGUCAGCGUCUAGAAGAUCUGCAAUGAAAUCAUACAAGUAUUCGAUACCUGCGCACGCAUCAGGCAGCCUUCGGUGACAGCAUAUCCGCCAGUGUCUCCUCGGGACAUCGUCAGGCAGUACGUUGACGCAGUACGGCAACACUGUUGGGACAUGUCAGGAUAAUUCUGAUCGACUGUUGUGUCUAUUCAGUACUGCCGACGAACUCCCGUUGGGUUUUAUGGUAUGGAGAAAAGCAUCGCAUCUGAAAGUGCUCAAACCGACAUCUGCUGACGGGUACAGGGAGGGCUUCUCCGUGCAACUCCACCCCAAGUAAUCACACGUGUUGCUGGUUUCUCCCAGCACCUCGCCUCGGUGCCAGCGGAUCAACAUAUGGGCGUUGUGCUAUGUACGCGGAGGUGGGCAAGGAGUCCAUGGACCACCUAGGUUGUCCGCUGGUAGCCGGCAAGAUUUCGUCGCCGUGGACACCGACGAGCUCCGGGCCGCCGGCCGACACCGCAGGCUCCGGCUCGGACUCGAAGAACCUCGACGUGGGCGACGAGGUAAGCGACGAGGAUGACAAGGACCUGUCGGCGGCGGACGCGGAGGGCGUCUGGAGCCCCGACAUCGAGCAGAGCUUCCAGGAGGCGCUCGCCAUCUACCCGCCCUGCGGACGCCGCAAAAUCAUCCUCUCCGACGAGGGCAAGAUGUACGGUCGCAAUGAGCUAAUAGCUAGAUACAUAAAACUUCGGACAGGCAAGACAAGAACUCGCAAGCAGGUCAGCUCUCAUAUACAAGUGCUGGCAAGAAGAAAGCUCAGAGAAAUUCAAGCAAAACUAAAAGUUUCUCCCACACAGGACCAUGCAGCAAAGGAGAAAGCUCUGCAGACGAUGUCCAGCAUGUCCAGUGCACAAAUUGUGUCAGCGACAGCUAUUCAUAACAAGGCAGCAGCUGCUGGUUUGGCAAGCCUGGGCCUCGGGUCACCAGUGUCUUAUCCUGCACCAUUUUGGCAACCAGGUCUUCAGCCAGGAACUUCACAAGAUGUUAAGCCUUUCGCACAACCUCCUUAUGGUGGGAAGCCAGCAACAGCUGUGUCCUCUAGUGACAUGACACUGCAGGCCCCACCACCACCUCCAUGGGAAGGUCGUGCUAUUGCAACGCAUAAGCUCCGUCUCGUUGAAUUCUCUGCCUUCAUGGAACAGCAGCAAGAUGCCGAUACUUACCACAAACAUUUGUUUGUGCACAUAGGUGAAUCAGCCAGCUACUCUGUGCCACUGUUAGAGGCAGUUGAUGUCCGGCAGAUUUAUGAUAAGUUUCCUGAGAAGAAAGGUGGCUUGAAAGAGCUUUAUGACAAAGGACCGCAGAAUGCAUUUUUCCUUGUCAAAUUCUGGGCAGAUCUGAACACUAACAUCCAGGACGAAGCUGGAGCCUUCUAUGGAGUUACAAGCCAGUAUGAAAGUAAUGAAAAUAUGACUAUUACUUGUUCUACAAAGGUAUGUUCAUUUGGUAAACAAGUAGUGGAAAAGGUUGAAACAGAAUAUGCAAGGUUCGAAAAUGGACGGUUUGUGUACCGUAUUCAUCGCUCACCAAUGUGUGAAUACAUGAUCAACUUCAUCCACAAGUUGAAACACUUGCCUGAAAAGUACAUGAUGAACAGUGUACUUGAGAAUUUCACUAUCCUACAGGUGGUCACAAAUCGUGAAACCCAAGAAACUCUCCUGUGUACAGCUUAUGUGUUUGAGGUGUCAACUUCUGAACAUGGUGCUCAACACCAUAUCUAUAGGCUGGUGAAGGACUGAAUAAAUGAAAGAAACACUUUCCAACAGUGCCUAGAACCGCUGACAUCUGUACAUUAAUGUUUCAUCAAGUAUUAUUUUUGUUAUAAGUGACCCUUGUGGGUGGGCAAACAGCUCCUCCACAGUAAGUGUUCUGGACUCUUGUCAGCGGUGCCAGGGAUGCCAGAUGACAGAAUGUUUGUGAUAGUACUAAGUUGGUAUUGAAGCUCGAAUUACACCACUAGAUUAUAUUUUUAUUGUGAUCAAAUGAGAGUUAAAUUUGUUAUUGGAAGGAGUUUGUCAGUUGGCGUGUACACUUUCAGAUUGAAAAGUUAUAUACUCAAGUAUAUAGUUGCAAUCGACAUGGCAUCCCUAGUGUUAAUAUCUACACCAUUUGAAAUAUAAAGAAGUCUAAUGAAGUUAAACAGUAAAUGAAAAUUAAAUCGAGUGGCAAUUUUUGAUCUCUGUUUUAGUCAAAUAUUUUCGUGGUGAGAAGUAAAAUUAUGUAGUAUUUUACACGGUGGCAGCUGUGCGUUUACUUAAAAAUGAAAGUGGAACAUACUGUGGAUAGAAUAUUUUCUUUUAUAUGUAUUUAACUACAAUCUGGCAUUUAAACAUGUGCUUGUUAAUGAAAUCAGCAUCACUAUGUAUGUAUAUAUGUGGAUACUAUACAUACAUAUUUAUAUAUAUUUUAAAAAUAUCUUCUGUGAAGAUGUAGGGCACUCUUUCACUAAUACAAUUGAAAGCAAAAAAAAAAAAAGUCAUUGCUGUAAAUAGGUUUACAUGGAUGAGUAAAUUCUGUGUUUUCCUUGUGCCAAGAGAAGACUAAACAACUAUUCAGCAGUUUGGCUAAAACAUUUAUAACACUGAAUUUCCAGAAGGAUUUGGCCAUAUCUGGAACUGCCAUAUCACAGUAGAGGUUUCUUGUUUGUACUUAAUGAGAUAAAUAUAUGUAUAAUAAGAAGAAUAUGCUAUAUGCCACAAUGGUAAACUUUUACAGUGUGAAAAAGAUUAAGAUAUUUCUAUGAUUAGUUAUUCCUUUGUGGUGUAGCACUUGAGUAAGUGCCUUUUCUGUACUCUUCAUGUUGACUGAAUUUUACCUAUGCCAAUGCUUUCUCUGCAAAAUAUUACAAGGAUUUAUUUUGGCACAAUUAUUUGGCAGGAGUUUUCUGAUUUGUUGGAGUCGUCAUGUUGUAUCCUGUAUUGAUUUCUAUUGUUUGCAGGUUUCUGAACUAGGGAUCAAAGUUCAAAAUGACAUGAAAAUAGAACGCUUAAUUCAGUAUUUGUUCAUAGUGGAAAAACAGCAAAAUAUAAGUUCUGAGGAUCCUGGCUUCUGUACAAAAAAUUUCUAUACGCUGUACACAAUUCAUCAUAUGUGCAUGACAAAUAAUUUACCCUGCUGCCUCGUACCAGCAGUUUAAAAAUAAUCUGUGCCAUUUAUGUGACUGUAAUUAAGAAACAGAAAUGUGAAAAGCAGAGCUUUUAUGUAAAUUUUUAUUAAAUUAAUUCUAAACUUAAUUAAUGUAUGUUUUAUGGAUACUUUAGAAAUAGAAUUUAACUUACUGAUAUUAUUUAAUUUGAAAGUAAUUUCACUCUUGACCAGUUAUAUUUUAAAUAUUCCCUGUAGAAGUGAACAGAAUAUUUUAAUGCAUUGAGUAAUAAUGUGAUAGUCUAUUGAUAACUUCAUUUUCUUCUGUUUAGUGUGUUUUUUGUAAAAUAAUAUUCUUUUUCAUAGUAUCCUGUGACUAUAGUUAAGACAUGGAGAGCUUUUUUAUAGUUUAUAUUUUAUUUUAGCUUAGAAAAAUAAGUGUUUUAAACACAUUUUGUACAAAGCAGUUUUUAAUUUUCUAAGUUGCCAUAUAUAAAUGAUUGUUGUGAUAUGUUUGAAUAUUUGACAGCAGUUUCCUUGAUGGUGAUACAUUUGUAUUCAGUUGGAAUAAAAUGACUUUCUCUCUGAGCCUGUGGGCUGUAGCUAACCAAACUGAGUAAAGAUUGGCAUUUCAUUUGUAUUAGUGCAAUGUCACAUGUAUGACUACAUGAGAGAUUUUCAGGAUGCAAUUCUGCAUCAGUUUGUUGUAACUCUUGUGUCUUAAAACUUUUGAUUCUUGUGUUGUGAGUUGAACUUGCAUGUUAGUACUACCAGAUUUUAUUUACUUUGCAUGUGAGAUUGUGUUGUGUUAUAUUUUAUGGGUCCUUCCUUUAUUUGCAGCUUUUUAUUUGGUUUGGGUUUUUAUUUUGUUUCACUCUUAGUAUCUUUAAAUAAAUUGUUAUUUCAAGCCCUGAAAGUAAGAGACCUGUUUGUACUAUUUUUGUGUUUCACCUUACUUGUAUUUGGCAGCAAAACUAGAACAAAACAGAAAGUUAUGAAAAAAUAAAGUGGACUCUUUUGUACAGUU